UCAUUGGCCAAGCGUACACCUUCGUCCCGCUUGCUAAGUCGAAGAAGUAGGCUUUUAGGAUGAGCACGCACAAACAGGCCAAGCACACGUGCGCUAUCUAGGUGAGAUGCGGUGUCAACAAGGAGGCGCUACGGAGUAGACUAAAGCGCAGUAUAGGAGCACACACACACACUUUCUUGUGAGCUCCUCGUGUGGCCAAAGGAGCAGAAGGGUUAGGCCAGUUGUGUGUACCAACAGCACAGUACACAUCAAAGAUUGUGUGUACACCUUUAGACUGUGUUGUUUCAAUUCGCGAAGUGUAUCAUCGUGUACGCAGUACACAAGUUGAAUAGUUGAAUUAGAAAAGUUCAUUAAGUGCUCGGCAUCAUUUGACUAGAUAACGUUUUGGGUACAAGACCAGCCCAAACCAUGGAAACAUACCAGACUGCUGCCAAAGUCCAUGACCCCAUGUACAACUUCGAUACCCACUUCCCAGAGCGGUUGUCCAGGCUCCACCUUCACGGAGACUUUAACGCCUCAGGAUCGUUUCGUAAGAAAAAGAGCAGGGCCCAGCGGAGUGGUGCGCGCUAUAAAACUCAGCCGGUCACUUUCGAUGAGAUCAAAGAGGUCGACGAGGAGCCCAUGACUCCGGUCUCUCCGGAGCAAACUGGUUCCACACCAGAGCAGCUUAAGGGUCAGCUUCAGGCAUUUUCACGCUCCAUGGAUGGUCUCCUUCCGAAAGGUGUUUCAGCCGACCAGAGCCCUCCUCAAUAUCACUUUUCUAGGUCAGGUUCUAGAAAGUUCCAACGUCAUCCCGAUUGCAUACCAGAAAAAGCUGAAAUAGAGCCUGUUACACCACAGCCUGUGGCUGAGUCACAACCACUCAGACUUUCUGACACUUCUUCCCCUUUUGCUACCACUUUCGCAACCACAGCGACUACUGCAGCGCCCAAGUCACCGUCCACGCCUUCUCCACUCACACCGACGACUCCAAAAUCGCCUGCUUCCUUAACACCAGGGGGUGUUGAGCCAGGGGGAGAAAUAUCUCCCAUACCAUCGCCCAACAUGGCAUCCAGGAGGUUGAAAGUCACGGCAAAGGCCAAGAAAAGGCAAAAAGCGUUGGAAGACAGUGACAUAUGAACUGGUUUCAUUUCUUCGGAUGUCACUAUAUCAACCUUCAACCCCACUUCAUCUGCAAUAGGAUUUUUUAAAAAUAUAAAACAUCCUCCAGAGCACAAUAUAUUUUUGUAUGCAACUUUUGAUAUCAACAUUUCAAUGCUACUUUUUGUGCAAUGUUUGAAUGCGGUUUAUUCUAACUAGAUCUAGAUAUUUCACUUGGAGGUGUAGGUACUGUGAACAGUUACACUUUUUGUUUGCCCUGUAUUAAAUUUAGAACUCGUGGGUGUAGAAUCCUUUGUUGAGUGAAUCAUCUGUAAUGAGAAUCGUAUUGCACACAAGAUUGUAGUUGGCAGGCUUAUAGUAUCUCACUUGUGAUUAAACAUUUCUCUUUUUCUAGUGAGGAAUUGGAAAUACCUUUGAAUGUUAACAUGAAGAUCAACUCUUCUGGUUAGUAUAUUGUCAGUGUGGCUUAUUUCAGACUUCAGUUUAGCAUUUCAACAGUAAUUGUUGUUUUUUAUGAUAUGUCCUCGAGCAGUAGGCCUUCAGACUUGUGCGUCUCAAUGUUAACAAAGAAAGAUUCUAUGUAAUAAUGUUUGUAUAUAUAACAGUGCUCAUGAAAACAAAAUGGCAUAGGCCUAACAUAAACAGAUGGCAUGGCGAAGAUAGCCAACUUUUGCCUUUUGCAAUUAUUGAAAUUACUCAAAACGUCGGGUUAGUGCCUUGAUUUCAAAGCAUUAAGGGUGACCUUAUGAAUAGUCCCCAGUACAGCACCACUAUAUUUAAAGAGGCAUCACUCAAAUUAUACAGUAAAAUAGACAUAUAACUGGCAAAACGGGCGAUAGUCUGAGAAAACAAUGUUAAUUGACGGGUGUUUUUUGUUUUUUUUUUGUUUAUUGUUUUUUUAAUGUUUUUUUUUUUGUGUCUAUGUUUGAAUUUGAGGACAACAAAGAUACUGUGUGGUAUAUGCACCACAAAUCCAACAGUUGACCAUGUAAUGGCUGUAGAUGAAUAACUUAACAAACAUAUGAGCAGAGGUGAACAGUGACCACGGCAACAGUACUGGGAAACCUAUCAUGGGUACCCCCCAAGAUUAGUAGAUGUCAUAAAAUCACUGUAUAAUGUGUGUCUCCCUAAUUCUCUAUUGUUUAUUUGUGGCUUGGAAUUUCUCUGCGAAGCCCCUGCAUAUGAGUAUGUUGCAGUGAUUAAAUUUUAAUCAAAGUUAACAAUCUAUGUUGGCCAAACAAAUGCUAAAACCUUGUAUAUGUAUCAGAAUUUGUAUAAUGUGAUAGACGAAUUGCUGCAUCUCUCCACGAAGCCUGUUAGGUAUAUGUGGAAGGAUAAAAUAUUUGUAUGUGAUACAAGAGACAUUUCAUUUUAGUGAUAGUUUGUGUACUGAUGUGAUAAUUCUUUUCAUUGCCCCCCUCCCCCAUACGACUAAUUCGCUCUUGUAUAUUAGUCACUCCUAUAGCUUCAGUGACCUUAUCAUGUGAUAAUCAAAGACAAUGUCAACCGUUUAUUUUAUAUAGAUGUAUUUGUAUAUAUUUCACAUGUACUUUUAUAUAAAUAUAUGUUGUGUGUAUUUGUAUUCCGUUCUGUGUGUAUGUAAAAUCAACACACAUAAUCGUUUGAAAAAAAGUUCUUACCCCGUUUGUAUGUGAGCUCUUUUUCUGAGUUAUUAUUUGGUCCUAGUCCAAGUAAAUCUUUGUAGCAGUCAAUAUUUGUUCGCGUUAAUUGUUGCUUUUACUUCAGGGCCGAAUUUACUGUAGGGCUAGACAGCCGCUAAAAGCCUCCCCGUUAAAUGGGGGCACUUCACAUUUCAGAAACUUACACACAAAAAAAUGAAACUUUUAUGCAUUUUAAAUAUAAAUGUACAAGUGCCUGUACUCUCAUUCCUCACCAAAAUCUAGCAAUGAAACAAUUGAUAGAAAUGAGUGUGCAUUUAUAUUGAAGCUUGAAGAAGGUAGGCCCUCCACAUCUCUUCCUAAUAUGUUAUAACUGAAAAGUAUAAGGCAACUAUUGUAUGUUUUGAUCUGGUUAUACUUUCUAAAUCUGUAGAGAAUCGUUAAUUUAACAUGCAUUAAUUGAUCCUUGUCUCUGGAGGGUAGAGGGUAGAGUUAAUACUUGUCUCCCGGAAUGAUAAAAACAACUAUUUAUGGCAUUCCUGUUGGUAAUUACAAUAUAUUCUUAUCUAGAUCAUGUUGUAAGAUACUGCGGUUAGAGGGGUGCGUAAGUGCUACAGCAAAGAUCGAGUGACUCCAAUCAGGGGAUGACACCAAUUUUUCCUGUUAUGUGAUUCACGUAACCGAUCAACUAUCCAUGUUGAUAUGUAUGAGUUUCAAUAUCAACUCUGCUUUCUACAUUAUUGUAUGUAAUUUAACUGAAGCUUAUUACUAGAUUAUUAUUGUUGUAUUAUUAAUGAUUUGAAAGUGUCAUUAGAAACGUAAUUUCUUAGAAAGAUGGGCGAGUACGGGGCCAUUUCUUAGAAAUUCAAGUCUCUACUUGGUGGAGGGGAGUUUACUGUUGGUUCAAAUCAACUACUUAUGGAUCUGGUCAAACUUCAAUGUGAUAGAAAAACUUUUUUUUUUUUUUGUUGGAUCUACAGGAGUUGCUAAGUCGUGUGAUAUGUGCUCUAGACUAAACCCUGCUCGUCGCCAUCCCCCGCCGUCUUGCGGGAGGUUUGGGCUAGGAGGUAAUAAUCUUACAUUUUAAAGAAACAGCGGAAAUAUGUCAAAUAAUCAGUUUCAACUCUAUAUUUGAAAUCUACUAAGUUUAUGAUUAAAGAAUCUUAAUGAAGAAAACAAACUUAGAGAAUGAUGCAUGAUGAAUAAAUCAUUACAUUUACUUAAAAAGCAAUGAUAUUCCCAAUGAUAGUCAUGAUAGAAUACAUCUUCUGUAUGAUACAAUACAUCCUCUUUAUGCUAUAAUGCAUCUUUUGUAUGUUACGUACAUAAAUGUUUUAUACUUUUAUCCAGUCCUAUUUAGCUAGCCAUCUGUAUCCAACAUGGCCUUCAAUUUUGUCUUCCGUGUAACUUGUUGUUGUUUUCAGUUAAAAAAAAUAAACUUGAAGC